GGCGGAAGCGCGCGGCGUGCUGGCUUCCGGCGGGGCGGGGCGGGCGGCGCGGCGAUUGUCUGGCGGCUUGGGCGGCCCCGAGGCGCUGACCCUCUCCGCGGGGACGGCGCCAUGGCGGUGUCCGAGAGCCAGCUGAAGAAGAUGGUGUCCAAGUACAAAUACAGAGACCUAACUGUACGUGAAACUGUCAAUGUUAUUACUCUGUACAAAGAUCUCAAGCCUGUACUGGAUUCCUAUGUUUUUAAUGAUGGCAGCUCCAGGGAACUGAUGAACCUCACUGGGACGAUUCCUGUGCAUUAUAGAGGUAAUACGUAUAAUAUUCCAAUAUGCCUAUGGCUGCUGGACACAUACCCAUAUAAUCCCCCUAUUUGUUUUGUUAAGCCUACUAGUUCAAUGACUAUUAAAACAGGAAAGCAUGUGGAUGCAAAUGGGAAAAUCUACCUUCCUUAUCUACAUGAAUGGAAACAUCCACAGUCAGACUUACUGGAGCUUAUUCAGGUCAUGAUUGUGGUGUUUGGAGAAGAACCUCCAGUAUUUUCCCGUCCCACUAUUUCUGCAUCCUAUCCUCCAUAUUCGGCAACAGGGCCUCCAAAUACCUCCUACAUGCCAGGCAUGCCAAGUGGAGCCUCUGCGUACCCACCUGGAUACCCUCCAAACCCCAGUGGUUACCCUGGCUGUCCUUAUCCACCUGGUGGUCCACAUCCUGCCACAACAAGCUCCCAGUACCCUUCUCAGCCCCCUGUGACCACUGUUGGUCCCAGCAGAGACGGCACAAUCAGCGAGGACACCAUUCGAGCAUCUCUCAUUUCAGCAGUCAGUGACAAACUGAGAUGGCGGAUGAAGGAGGAAAUGGAUCGAGCCCAGGCAGAGCUCAAUGCCUUGAAACGAACAGAGGAAGACCUGAAAAAAGGUCACCAGAAACUCGAAGAGAUGGUCACACGUUUAGAUCAAGAAGUGGCUGAAGUUGAUAAAAACAUAGAACUUUUGAAAAAGAAGGAUGAAGAACUAAGUUCUGCUCUGGAGAAAAUGGAAAAUCAAUCUGAAAAUAAUGAUAUUGAUGAAGUUAUCAUUCCCACAGCCCCACUGUAUAAACAGAUCCUAAAUCUGUAUGCAGAGGAAAAUGCUAUUGAAGACACUAUCUUUUACCUGGGCGAGGCCUUGAGGCGGGGAGUGAUAGACCUGGAUGUGUUCCUGAAGCACGUGCGCCUCCUGUCCCGGAAGCAGUUCCAGCUGAGAGCACUGAUGCAGAAGGCGAGAAGGACAGCAGGCCUAAGUGAGCUCUACUGACUGGCCUCGGCUGCACCAGCUCUUCUCAGAACAUUCUCUUCUCCUUUCUCUUAUCCGUAGGUACCCAGAAUAAGUUAUUGCAGUUUAUCAUUCAAGUGUAAAAUAUUUUGAAUCAAUAAUAUAUUUUCUGUUUCCUUUGGGUAAAGACUGGCUUUUAUUAAUGCACUUUCUAUCCUCUGUAAACUUUUUGUGCUGAAUGUGGGGACUGACUAUGCUAAAUAAAAUUUGUUGCAUAA